UUGCCACUAUUACUGCUCCUCUCGUUUGUAUCAUCACAGGAAUUAGCAACACGGAGGCUAGCUAGCUGUCUACAACUGUUUAAACAGCUGAUAUGAGUUUCCUGGGUGGUUUAUUUGGUCCUGUGUGUGAAAUUGAUGUCCUACUCAGUGAUGCAGAGACUAGGAAGACAGCAGAACUCAAGACAGAGGAUGGGAAAGUGGAGAAUAACUAUUUGUUUUAUGACGGAGAAUCGGUCUCUGGGAAGGUGAAUCUCAAUGUGAGGCAGACAGGCAAGAGACUAGAACACCAAGGGAUUCGAAUUGAGUUUGUUGGGCAGAUUGAGCUUUUCAGUGAUAAAAGCAACACGCAUGAAUUUGUGAACCUGGUAAAGGAGCUUGCCCUGCCAGGGGAGUUGACUCAGAAUCGAAGCUACGACUUUGAGUUCAUGCAGGUGGAGAAGCCAUAUGAGUCUUACGUUGGCGCCAACGUCCGACUGAGAUAUUUCCUCAAAGUGACAAUAGUGAGGAGACUGUCUGAUCUGGUGAAAGAGUAUGACCUCAUUGUCCAUCAGCUGGCCACUUACCCUGAUGUGAACAAUUCCAUCAAGAUGGAAGUUGGCAUUGAAGACUGUCUACAUAUAGAGUUUGAAUACAACAAGUCCAAAUACCACUUGAAAGAUGUCAUUGUGGGUAAAAUCUACUUCCUUCUUGUGAGAAUCAAAAUCCAGCACAUGGAACUUCAGUUGAUCAAGAAGGAGAUGACUGGAAUAGGUCCUAGCACAACUACUGAGACGGAGACUGUUGCCAAGUAUGAGAUUAUGGACGGAGCCCCUGUGAAAGGAGAGUCUAUUCCCAUCCGUCUGUUUUUGGCUGGCUACGACCUCACAGCCACCAUGAGGGACGUCAACAAGAAGUUCUCUGUGCGGUACUUCCUCAACCUGGUGCUGGUGGAUGAGGAGGACAGGAGAUACUUCAAACAACAGGAGAUUGUUCUGUGGAGGAAAGCUCCUGAGAAAAUAAGGAAACGGAACUUCCACCAACGCUAUGAGUCUCCUGAGCCACGGCCGACCCUUACUGCUGAGCAACCCGAAAUGUGAAGACCACUGGAAACAGAAAAUGCUGAGAAUGAUUCUGAUUAUGCUUAAAGCAAACAAGGAGAGGGGGGCGCAACUCGACACAUGCAAGGUGAAAAUAAAGCGUCAGACAGCCAUUUAAUACAACUACCUUCUGCAAGGUUACAGUCUCUUACUGCUACACCUGAAUGGGCUGGGUCUACUCUGCUGGCCGCAGCAAGCACUCUUGUUAGCUUACUGUAUGGACUCGUCUGUUUGACACACAAUAGAAAGCACUGGAAUGGGAGCUACCAUUUCUUUUAUAUUGCGAAAUAUGCAUUUGGUUAGGCUCAACACUGGGGACAUGACGUACAAUCAUACACUACUAGAUAUUUCAAAGGACGUUCCAGUGCAUGUAGGCAGGUCAAAUUGAAUAUGAUGGGUUAAUGUUGAGUUCAGCGAUGGCUGUAAGGUCAAGCUGUAAGACAAUAGGCAUGCUUUGAGCUCAAAGGGUGCCAUAUUCAUAAUUCACUGAAAUACAGUGAGCUUCAAAAGUAUUGGGACAGUGACAUUUUUGUUGUUGUUUUGGCUCUGUAUUCCAGCACUUUGGAAUUGAAAUGAUACAGUGACUGUGAAGUUAGUGCAGGCUGUCAGUUUUAAUUUGAGGGUAUUUUCAUCCAUAGCAGGGGAACCGUUUAGAAAUUACAACACUUUUUGUACUUAUGUGUAUUAAAGUAGUCAAGUUUAGUAUUUUGUCCCUUAUUCUUAGCAGAUUAUUUUGUGCCCAAUAGAAAUUAAUGGUAAAUAAUGUGUUGUAUUAUUUUGGAGUCACUUUU